CUUACCUACUACGAGUAGUAAUGCUUCUUCCUGCUGUUGGCCAAUUCACCUAUAUUAACCAGAUAUACGAAUCACGUACCAAGUCUAGAUGCGCCAAAGAUUAUCGCUUACUCCUCAAACAGUGAUGUUGUAUUAGACUUGUUUCAUUGCUCUCAUUGACAACCAUGAAUUCCGUCACUCAUGUAAUCGCCGUUUGUUUGCUGAUUGUUCAGUUCGCGUUUAUUUACACAAUUCCAGUACCUGAAAAUACCUCCAAGCCGGAUACGGACGAUGAAAUUGUCUACGAUCAACGCCAAAAUGGAAGCGAAAAUUUACGGAUCCAUAUGAACGACGUGACUCUGGUGGUAGCACCUUCCGAUGGAAUUUUGCAAUUAAUGAGCGCCUCGGCGUCCGAUUUCUUGAACAAUAAUAACGAGGUUUCCGGCUCGAAUUCGAAUAAACCCCAAGGAGGACCCAAUGUUUAUUCGUUAUCCGACUGCGGAUCUGAUAAUGGAGCGAAAUGUAAACAACAGACCCAUAAAAAAAAUAGAAUACGCCUUUCAAGCCUACUGGUACCUUUGCUAAAUAGAGCAACUGGCAAUUGAACGUAGAAUGAUUUCUCAUGUAGAAAUUACCUGUUAAACUUCAUAAAGUACUAUUUUUACUUAUUCACUUACUAUUGAAAUAGGUAGGGUAUCUCUAACACCGAUUGUGUUAAAAACAAAGUGAUUUAUUUUCUUAUUUUAAAUUUGUACCUUGAUUAAUAAUAAAAUGAAAAAUUGUAAGUAA